AUGACCUUCUUAACAUUACCUAAAAUAGCUUCAUUAAUUCCAAGCCAACCGAUCGAUCGUUCCACAUUUAAAAUACCACGUAACAUCAAACUAGCAGAUCCGAAUUUUUAUCAUCCAGCACCGAUCGAGGCUCUUCUAGGUGUCGGAACCGCGCUGUCUUUAUUAUGCAUUGGACAGAUCAAUAUUUCUCCUCCGAAUGGCCCCGACCUAUACCUACAAAAAACAAGAUUAGGAUGGGUAAUCGGGGGGAGCACACCAGCCACCAAUCCAACACGCAGCACGUCUUGCCACACGACCACCGCACUACAAACGGACAUUGCCAAAUUUUGGGAGAUCGAGGAAGGACCACAGGUCCAGCGUCUUUCCAAAUCUGAAGAGGCCUGUGAGACGCAUUUCUGCAAAAACACGAAACGAGAUGCAGAAGGACGAUAUGUCGUGGCACUGCCUUUCAACGGAAGGGAACAACAACUUGGAGAAUCGAAGUCCAGAGCUACCAAAAGAUUCCUCUCAUUAGAACGGAAGCUUCAACAGGAACCAGAGACAAAACAACAGUAUCACGAGGUGAUGCAAGAAUACAUCGAUCUCGGACACAUGUCAAAGGUUGGAACCGAUCAAACAACCAACGGAUUUUAUUUGCCACACCACGGAGUAAAAAAAAUCACGAGCCAAACGACAAAACUCCGAGUGGUAUUCGACGGUUCGGCAGAAACCACCACCGGCAUCUCACUUAACGACGCACUCCACACAGGACCAAAAAUACAAGAUGAUUUGCUAUACAUUCUUCUUCGAUUUCGCAUACAUCAGUAUGUCCUUACGGGAGAUAUCGAGAAGAUGUAUAGACAGAUCAUGGUAUGCCCCGAAGACCGUAGGUACCAACGCGUCCUAUGGCGUGAUCCUAACGGAGAGAUCGCCGCGUACCAACUCAACACCGUCACGUUUGGAUUAUCCGCCGCUCCAUUUCUCGCUAUACGUUGCCUCAAGCAACUAGCCGAAGACGAGGGACACCGAUUUCCCCACGCCUCCACAAUAUUAAAAAGGGAUUUUUACGUAGAUGAUGCUCUCACCGGAACCUCAACCAUUGAAGAAGGGCUAGUCUUACGUAAAAAUCUCACCCGUCUAUUAACACUCGCAGGUAUGAAAAUUCGUCAAUGGGCGUCGAACGACAGACGAUUACUCCAAGGACUAUCAGAGGAUCACAUUAACAGCAAGCUCCAUCUAGGCGAAUCUUCCACCGUCAAAACACUUGGAAUUUACUGGAAUUCGUCCGACGACAGUAUUGGUUACGCAGUAUCAGCCACCGCCGACACAACCCGUAUAACGAAGCGAUCCAUCAGUUCAGAGAUAGCAAAAAUUUACGACCCAUUAGGACUCCUUGGACCAGUCAUCAUCCUCGCAAAGCUGUUGCUUCAACAGAUCUGGACCAUGAAGAUUGACUGGGACGAGUCUCUUAUCCAUACUGAGUGGACGAACUACUACACUCAACUGCCGCUCCUGAACAACGCCACAUUCAAACGAAUGACCACCAUUGAAUUACCAACAAUCAUGGAAUUACAUGGAUUCUGUGACGCCAGUGAGAAGGCAUACGGCGCCUGCAUUUAUCUCCGGUCCAUCGAUACGCGUGGUAACAUCCAGGUUGAACUUCUCCUGGCAAAAUCCAAGGUAGCGCCCAUAAAAACUCAAACGAUUCCACGUCUCGAAUUGUGCGGAGCACUGCUCCUCUCAUCCCUAGCUACAACCGUUCAGAAGGCACUUCACGUAAAAAUCAACCGCAGCAUCUUCUGGACCGACUCCACGAUAGUCCUCCAUUGGAUCAACACAUCUCCACAUUCGUUAAAAACCUUUGUCGCUAAUAGAAUCUCAGAAAUCCAGACAAAAACCAACAUUACAGAUUGGCGUCAUGUGAGGACCGAAGACAAUCCAGCGGAUCUGAUCACACGAGGUCAGUCAGCGGUUGAAUUUCUGAAACCAUCAAUCUGGCAGCAAGGACCAGAUUGGCUUAAAGGAGAGGAACUUCACUGGCCCACGUGGGAGAUAAAACGACCAACUACAGAUCUGGAACAAAAGACGGUAGUGUGUUUAACAACUGCACCCAUCGACACGAGCCUGUUAGAAAGAUACUCGUCAUGGGGAAGACUCCAAAGGAUCGUCGCGCUCUGUUUGAGAUGGAAACGCUGCAACACUCAAAAGGGAGCGCUUACAGCCACAGAACUUCGUCAAGCUCACAACGCAAUCGUAAGAUUAAUUCAAGGUCUUCACUUUCCGGAAGAAUUACGAUGCCUCGCCAAGGAGAAGAGCUGCUGCAUAAAGGGGAAGCUACAGCGCUUAAAUCCAUUCGUGGACCAGGACGGAGUGCUGCGCGUCGGCGGACGCCUAAAACACUCGGCAAUACCAUUCUCGAAAAAACAUCCAGUGAUCCUGCCGAAAUCAUCCGUCACGAAGCUAAUAAUAGAGAACGAGCAUCGAAUCCACCUGCACGCCGGAGUUCAGGCCACAUUGUACGCCGUGAGACAAAGAUACUGGCCUAUCGACGGCCGCAGUCAAGUUUGGAAGGCGGUCAAGGAUUGCGUCCGGUGUUACCGAGCGCAGCCACCGCCGACUGACUACGUCAUGGGCAACCUACCGGCAGCAAGGGUCACUGAAUCACGCCCAUUUACUCAUACAGGGGUGGAUUACUGCGGGCCAUUCUUUAUAAAAGAAAAAAAACUCCGAAACCGAAACAGAGUAAAGAUCUACAUCGCGGUUUUCGUGUGCCUCGCGGUAAAGGCGGUCCACCUCGAAGUCGUGAGUGAUCUCACAAGUGAAGGCUUCAUCGCCGCGCUCCGAAGAUUCAUCGCCCGUCGAGGAUUCUGCAUCAGCCUACACUCGGACAACGGAACGAACUUCGUCGGGGCGAACAACGAGCUACGUGAACUGCGCGACCUCCUGCGCUCUGAUGACCACAACAACAGGGUACAAGCCUUUCUGUCUGAUCGAUUGAUCGAAUGGCAUUUCAUUCCACCACAAGCUCCUCACUUUGGCGGUCUUUGGGAGGCCGCGGUAAAGUCGUUUAAAUAUCACCUCAAACGCGUCGCAGGUGCUGAGUUGUUCACCUUCGAGAGCUUUAAUACCCUUAUAAUAGAAAUUGAAUCCAUCCUGAAUUCCCGACCUCUCACUCCUAUCUCAUCUGAUCCUAAUGACCUCCUCGUACUUACACCCGGACACUUCCUGAUUGGCGAUUCACUUACGAGUCUACGUGAGCGUGAUUUCAGGGAUGUUCCAGCAAACCGACUCUCCAGUUGGCAGCAGAUCCAGAAGGUAAAACAACACUUCUGGGCCCGAUGGCAUCGGGAAUACUUGAACGAGCUGGUCACCCGCAGCAAAUGGUCCAGCGGCAGUCACACCAUCACAGAAGGCACGAUCGUCCUCCUGAGAGAAGACAACAUACCCCCGAUGCAGUGGGCUCUGGGAAGAGUCACCCAAGUGCACCCAGGCUCCGACGGCAUUGUUCGUACCGUCACGAUUAAAACCGCUACGAACGUGUUGGUCCGGAGCGUGAAAAAACUCGCACCGCUGCCCAUUGAAGCCAAAGAAGAAGACUCGGAGGAACCAGCUACCAAGGGAGAACACUCAUCUCCCUAA